AUGUCUGCACAGCAAAUACCCAACCUUCUCUCUUUGCGAGGUGGAUCUCGGUCUCGCGGCAGAGGUAGAGGGCAAGGCCUGCGCGAUCCUUUGAAUCCUCAUUCAGAGGUCUCUUCGAAUCGUAAAGAUAAUGCCAUUCAAGGUACCGACACAGAUGCAGCUGUAUCUCGUCUUAGUGCAGUCAAUCUUGGCUAUCUAGAGGACCAGUUUGCUCAAUAUUUCGUCAAAGGAAGUGGAACACGAAGGCUGCCAAUCAUAAAUAGAGGUACAUAUUCUCGCACUACUGCUUUAGACCUCCUCAUCGAAUCCUUCUUAUCUCAACCUGAUAAUUCUACUUCACAGCAAAAACAAAUAAUAUCUUUGGGCGCGGGAACAGAUACUCGCUAUUUUCGUCUUCGGGCGAAGAAUCUGCACAAUAAUGUCAUUUACCAUGAAUUUGAUUUUCCAUCUGUAUGCGUUGCGAAAAAUCGUUUAGUACAACAAAAUCAUGCAGAACUCACUGGGAAUGAAAAGUUCUUUGAAAUCAGACAAAAAGGUGGCGAGCUUGCAGAAUUCACGGCGGCUAGUGGGCCACAAGAAAAUACACAAUGGGGAUUCAGCCGGACUAUUGAGACUCGUUCAGAAGUUGGAUACGUGUGCCAUCCUUUGGACCUCCGGGAACUACCCGGCACAAUUGGUCUCGAUUCAUUUCAUGGUAUGAAGAGUGACAUUGCCACACUGAUAAUAUCCGAAUGUUGCCUUUGUUAUCUUGAGGUGAACGCGGCACAAAGUAUCAUAAAAUGGUUUACAGACAAGAUCCCAAGUAUUGGGAUUGUUCUUUACGAGCCAGUGGGAGUACACGAUGCUUUUGGACAGAUGAUGGUAGAAAAUCUAGCAUCAAGAGGAAUCACUAUGCCUACGGUGCAGAAGUAUAAGACGCUUAAUGAUCAGAAGGAUAGACUAGUAGGUCUUGGGUUUGGCAGCGCGAAGGGUGGCAUUAAUGCCGUGAGCAUAGAAGAUUUCUGGGAACAUUGGGUCGCACGCAAAGAAAGAGAAAGAGUGGACAGGCUUGAGGGUCUAGAUGAAGUUGAGGAAUGGCUUCUACUGGCGAGACAUUAUUCUGUUGUCUGGGGGUGGACAGACGAUUUAGGAUUCGAGGGUCUAAAGGCGCUAAGGUCCUGA